CUUGCCCAGCCAGGCCGGCAACCCUGGAAGAUGCUCACCCGGGUGCUGCUUACUCAUGUGCGCCCGGACUCCGCCACCACGUGGGCGUGGGUGUACAGCGACGCGCCGGUGCCAGCGGGGCUGCCUGCCCGGCUGGCGGCCGCGGUCGGCCACGUGCUGAGCGCGGGCGUGGAACAGCAUCCACCGCAGCCAGCCACUCAGCCGCCAGCGGCACCGCCGCAAUGGCGGGUUAGCCUGGACCAGCUGUGGGUGGCUAACGCUGCGGGGGCUGUGUCCUACGUCCACUACACGGGGCGGCUCUUGGAGCCUGGACCUGGCGUGCUGCCCCUGGCGGUGGAUGGGGCGUGGCAGAAAUAAUAAUAAUAUCUACGCAGGGCACAGGUGCCCGCGUGUCUUAAGGAGGAGUGAGACAAGCUCACCCCACCAUUGGAAAACUUGAUUUCCCUACCCCGGCUCCCCUGCGCGGGGGCCGCCAUUGGCGGUCCCCUGGGUGCGGCCUCCCGGGCGGCAUCGGGUGUUGGCAAUGCCCAUCUCUCGCUCUAGCCGGUAGUACAGGUUUGCGGUGCCCCGGAGUGUGGUGACGCCAUGCAUGUGGAGACGUGUGCAGCAGGCCUUGGCUGCCUGCGGUUUGGCUCCUAGGUCUUUGAGGAGAGUUUCAAGGGUACGGGGGACAGUGCCACCGUGUCCCAGUGUAAUAACGUGCUUGGUAUCGUAGUGCACAGUCCACCCUGCAGCUCGCAUGGCAGUGGCAAGGGUGGCAUGCUGUGCUUGUUUUUGAAUGAGCUUCUCGCUGUGGUGCAGGUCAGAGGUGUAUCCAACUUCAAGGAUGUACACUGGGUAGGCCCCUUUGUUGGCUGGUGGGGAUGUCAUGAAGCGUUCUGCUUUGGACCGGGGAAGGUUCGGGAUAAACAGAAUGUCAGGCCGCAUCCUGUUGAGGUCUGCAGCGGGCACUUGCGGGCAGAGCCAUGACGGCGGCCGCAUGCCCGCACAGUACUCAGGCAGUUCAGCUCGGGAGGUGGCAUCCAUUAUCAUGUAGCCACCACCGUUGUGACCAUGGUGUAGGCAUUCGGCAAUCGUCCGCACUGCAGUGUUGUGUUUGGCUAUCCUAGCGCCAACGAGUUGGGGGUGCGCGCAGUGGCCGGCAAGGUGACCUGCGGUGCCACGCUCUGGGUCAGAUCCGCGGCUGCGCUGGGUGUGGGCACAGAGACCACAUUUGUCGCUGUCUCGUAGUUUAAACAAAGCCAGCCGGGCCGGGCAGAUGAGGCCUCCCUGACGAGCAUUCUGUAUGAACCGGCGUAGGCCGUGGCUGGCGUCCGAGUUCGUCAUGUACGCGUUACUGGCGCGUGGGUCAAGGCUGGGUGCUGCCUCGGCCCAUUUCUCAGUGUACAGGGUUUUGUUGGCGUAUCCACCACGGCAGCUGGGGGCCAUUGCCCUGGUGAGGCCCCGGUUUAGGUCCGACACGUAGUGCGUGGCUGUGCUAUCGUCGUCCCUGGUGACCGUGAAGGUCGGCCACCAGUGCCGGGCGUGCGGGUCGUUGUCGGCCGGUUCGGAUACAUCGGCGGGUUUUUCCUGGGUGGCGACGGCAGCCGCCCCUUUAUCGGCUUCCUCGUUGCCGUGUAGCCCGGUGUGCGAGAUCACUUUAAUCA